CCGGGAGGAGCCCGCGGCGUGCCGGCGCCCGCUGCCGCCGCCGUCGUCGUCCUGGGCGGCGGGGCUGGGCGAUGCGUCCACAGCGCCGGCUGGCUGCAGGCUACUAUCAAAAUAUUAAUGCCUUCACUGUCUCCUACAAUGGAAGAAGGGAAUGUUGUGAAGUGGCUAAAAAAGGAAGGUGAAACUGUGAGUUCUGGAGAUGCAUUAUGUGAAAUUGAAACUGACAAAGCAGUGGUUACCUUGGAUUCAAGCGAAGAUGGCACUUUGGCUAAAAUAAUGGUAGAAGAAGGAAGUAAAGGCAUUCGACUAGGAGCACUAAUUGCUUUGAUGGUAGAAGAAGGAGAAGAUUGGAAGCAAGUAGAAAUUCCCAAGGAUGUAGGGCCUCCAGUAUCACCACAACCAACUGUGCCGUCAACUCCCACCAUUCCACAGGUUCUUGUCUCUGUCAAGCAGGAGCAAGCACAUGGAAAACUUCAGUUCCGUUUAAGUCCCGCUGCUCGUAACAUCCUGGAGAAACAUGGACUUGAUGCCAGCCAGAGCAGCCCCUCAGGGCCCCGGGGAAUAUUCACGAAAGAAGAUGCUCUCAAACUCUUGCAAUUGAAGGAGUCUGGGAAAAUUCCCGAAUCGAAAGCUUCUCCUGCACCCCCACAAGUGACUGCAGCAACUUUGGCCUUUCCAGCAGCUGAGUCAGCACCGUAUCCAAGACCAAUGAUUCCUCCUAUUUCAACUCCAGGAAAGCCCAAUGCAUUGGGAACAUUUACUGAAAUCCCUGCCAGCAACAUUAGGAGAGUUAUUGCCAAGCGGUUAACUGAAUCUAAAAGUACUGUUCCUCACGCAUAUGCUACUACUGAUUGUAACCUUGAAGCUAUCUUAAAAAUAAGGCAAGAUCUGGUCAAAGAUAACAUUAAAGUGUCAGUAAAUGACUUUAUUAUCAAGGCAAUAGCUGUAACCCUCAAGCAAAUGCCAGAUGUGAAUGUGAACUGGGAUGGAAAAGGCCCGAAGCAGCUGCCCUCCAUUGACAUCUCUAUUGCGGUUGCAACAGACAAAGGUCUCAUUACACCAAUCAUUAAAGAUGCCGCCACCAAGGGAAUUCAAGAAAUUGCUGCCUCUGCCAAGGCUCUGGCAAAGAAAGCAAGAGAUGGAAAAUUGUUACCAGAAGAAUAUCAAGGAGGAUCUUUUAGUAUUUCCAACUUGGGAAUGUUUGGCAUCAGCGAAUUUAGAGCAGUAAUAAACCCUCCUCAGGCCUGCAUUUUGGCUGUGGGAAGCUCUCGACCUGAACUCAGACUUACCCACGAUGAAGAAGGAAAUACCAGACUGCAGCAACAGCAGCGUAUGACAGUCUCCUUGGCGAGUGAUUGCCGAGUGGUAGACGAUGAACUGGCUUCAAAGUUUCUUGAAAACUUUAAGGCGAACCUAGAGAAUCCUAUCCGGCUUGCCUUGUCAUAAAAUGAUUUAAAAUGGAAUUGGUCUUUGCCUUAGAAAAAUGUACAGGUUGUUACUAAAAAGUUACCAUCUAGAAGAAAAUAACUUAAAUGGUUGGUGGAAGACAGAGAAAUAAAAUAUUUAAUUUAUUUGCAUUUA